UAUUAUGGAUUUAUAGUAGAUGUUUUUUUAUUUUUUGGGUUUAUUGCUACUACGAGUAGUGUUUUUUAUUCGGACGAAAUAUUUGAAAAAAUAAAAUCUAUUGCAAUUGGAGCCUCGUCUUUUGUUGGAUUGUUGAAUUCGAUGUAUCAAAGAUAUAAUUACAAACGCAAUCAACACAUAAUGAAUGAUUUACAAUGUAUCUCAGUGAAUUUUCAAAAUGAUCAGCCUAUUGAAUGUUUUGUAAAGAAGAUGAAAAGUGAUAUUUGGUUGACAAAUAAGUUACUUUCGUUAGGAGCAUUAGUUACAGCACUUUCAUCUGUUGUAUUUCCUUUCUGGACCACAAUUGUACCACAAGAUGGAAUAAAAAAUCUUAUUUCUGUGCAGAUGAAAAUACCAUUUAUUGAUAUUAAUGAAGUAUCGGAGUAUUGGUUAAAGUCUAUUUUAUUAACGUUAUUUAUAUUAUAUGCAAAUCUGAAAAUUGUUGCUAUUCAUUGUUUUUAUAUUGGUGCAUUAUCACAGAUAAAAUGUGGAUUUAUUCAUCUGAGAAAAAAUUUAUCUUAUGCUAUUGAGUGUAAAAAUGAUCUAUCUCUGUUUUAUGGAUGUAUUAAAAGCCAUCAAAAUAUUAUAAGAGUUGGGAAUAAUAUUUGCAAUACUUAUUCGCCAGUGUUUUCUUUAUUUUUGGCAUUUUUUAUAGUUGAAAAUACUUCAAUUAUGGUCAUGGUCAUUUGUAUUCCAAAAAUGCCUUUAAUGAUGAAAUUAUCUCCUAUGUGUCAUUUGUGUAUGUGUUUGACAACAUUAUACAUAUCAUGUAAUGUAGGAUCCAGCUUAGAAGAAGAGUCAACUAAAAUUGGAAAAGAACCUUUUGGAAUUUAUAUUCUUAACCCGUCAAUUUUAACUGUAAAACAAAAUUUGCUGAUUUUAUUAUUAGGGUCGUAUACACCACUCAGAUGUAAAUGCAUAUUUCAACCUUCAGUAUGCAUGAACAAUGAAACGUAUGCAAGGUUGGGAUAA